GUCCCCGCCUCCUGUGUGCAGACCGCGGAUUUUUGAAAAUAACGACUGGUUCAGGAGCAAGACGUUGCGUUUAAUCACCAAAGAGAUCAUCGACGACCGUUCAUUAAAACAAAUUGCCUGACACCUGAACAUCAUGACAUCCAUUACUGACCCGAAUGUGAGUGACAGGUUCACCAGUGCAAUGGAGGAGAUCCACAACAAACAGCUCAAAGCCUAUGGGGAGAUAACUGAUGCCACUACAGAGUUAUGCCAGUCCCACAGACAGUUUGUGAAGUCCGCACUCGAUACAUGUUUAAAGAAAUGUAAGGACGAUGAGAUGCUGUUUGAGACCAUACAGACAUUCAAAAGAGACUUGGAACUGAAAAGUGCAGCACUGAAAGAGAAACGGCAUGCCAUUACUGACGUGAUAUCUGAGAUUGAGCAGAAGGAGAUGCAGAAAGACGACAUUAUCCAGAAGAUAGAGAAACUUAAAGAAGAACAAGUCAAGAGAAAGGAGUUAAUCGAGUCUCAAAAUAAAGCAAACAAAGACAGACUGAGGAAUCUGCAGAAAGCCAGACUGGUCUUUCAGGAUCAUUUGGGGAUGGAGAUACGAACAAUUCUCGGCAAAACGCAAUCGGCCAACGGUGAAAAGUUGCAGUUUGUUUUCCGGAAUAUCAACCCUUCGGAUCAGGACAGCGCCUACGUCGUCACAAUGGGGAUUAAAGAAGAUGGAUCAUACCAGAUUGUGUCGAGUGACCCCGUGCUCGAGUGUUUGCCGGUCUUGGAAAGCCGGCUUCAGGAGACCAAUAACUUACCAGCAUUCCUGGCAAACAUCAGGAAGGAGUUUAUCUCUCAGGCACGCCGCUAAGAUUUGAUGCAACGGCAGAUAAAAAGAAGAAGUUCUUGCUGUAAUGUGGACUAAUGUCAGCAGGGAGCUUUCAGUCUGUAUCUUCAGUGCAGGUUUGUAAACAUCGGCUGCCUUGUCACGACUUUUAAAUAUGGAUUUAAAAUACACGUUUGUGGCCAGAAAGUAAAAGGCCGUACUCAAAAACUGGGACUUUUAACUAAAUAAACACUGCUGUUAAUUGUAUGCCCAAGGCCCUGCUACAGUUGAAUGAAACUGUGUAUUUGGCCGUGUUUCAAAGCCUGGAGUUUGUCCUUGAGAGAGCAGGUGUUCUGGUGAAUGUGGUGGCGGGGCUUCACUGUCUCUCUAAACCCUGAACAAUCUACUAGUUUACUGUAGUAUUUGCUCUUCAAAAGUAAGGGUAAAUAAGAGAAGAUGUAAACAGUUUUCAUUUAUUUUCUCCUGUAAUUACUCCGUUUGGGUAUACACAGGGUUUCUGCAGGUUUCAACAGGUUAAAUUUAGGACUUUUUAAGACCAUCAUGAUGCAAAUUCACUCCAUAAUGGUACAAAUGUUUGAAGGAUAUAAAGGAAAUUCUGCAUUGGUUCCAUCAUUACAGAUUUUUCUCAAAACACAUUUAAAAGUGGGAAUGAAGAAUAUAACUUUAUACAAGUAACGUUAAUGUAUUUAAUUAGACCUGUCCAGUAUUCAUAUUUAAGACAUUUUAAGGCCUAAAAGUCAGAUUAUUGGAUUUUAGACUUUUUAAGACCCGCAGACACCCUGUACAGUCUACCAUUUCCUGGACUAAUGUCAAUCACAUUAAUCAAAAUACAUAUUUAUUAAAUACUCCCUGUAUUCUGUACUCUAUGUGGCAUAAAUAAUGAAACAAAUAAUUUAUGCUUUAUACAGUAUAUAAAUAAAAACAGAAUUACAAAAUAUUACAAAAAUUCAUUGAACUGUUAACAGAGGGAAACAUGUAUCAUUAAAUGCUUUUGUUUUUAUUAACCAUUUUAAAGCACUGAAUAUCAUUAGUCUGUACAGGAUUUGUAUUGUAUUUUAUUUUUUUGGAACUGCAGACAUUAAUCUCUUUCAUUUAGCGUGUUGUUUAUAUUUUUGGUGUUUAUGAGUCAGUCAGGCAUCAGAUGACUUGACUUUGCUUAACAGAGGCAGCUCUUCAACGUAGGUUGAUGGAAAAUGGCCGGUCUUCCCAUUAAGUUCACCAAACCACCAACCAUUCUCUUCCUUUUCGUAGAUGUCUAGAAGAUCUCCUGUGAAACAAAAAUCCAGUAAUUUUUAGAUAAGGAAAACCUCUCCUGUUUUCAGAUAAUCUGCAGUUUAUUUGUCACUUACCUUCUUUCAAAGUCAACUCAUCCUCUUGUUCAGGUGUGAAACUGUACAGGGCCUUGCAUUUUCCGAUACAGCUCGACUCUGGUUUUAUUUGACCUGUUCAGUGGUGAUAUUUUCCAUUGCUUUAAUUUCACAAUGACUUUCCAAACGUGAUGAAUAGAAAUAAAUCUUUUGUAUUGA